UCCUUCUCCAUGUGGCCUUUGGACUGUUCCUACCUGAGAGAGACAUGCAGUGCGUCAUUAGGCGCUCUUCUCGAGUUUUAUUACCGUCGCAUUUUUUCGUUUUCCGUGCCAUGUCAUCUUCAGGAGCGAUGCGGUCUACCGUACCUAGGACGGUACUCGGCACCAUGGCUUUUGGUGGACGCGCAGACGCGAGUACGAGCAACAUUAUGCUCCGCGCUUUCUUGGAGCGCGGGUACGAUACGAUAGAUACGGCGUUUAUGUAUAACGAUGGUCAAUCCGAGGCCAUAUUGGGGUCCAUGGGCCUGGAAGCCACAGUGAAAAUUGACACAAAGGCAAACCCUUGGAAUGGGAAGACCUUAAAGCCAGCAAGCGUUCGGGCACAGUUGGAGUCCUCGCUUAAAAGCCUGCAACGACCACAAGCAAAUGUAUUUUAUCUUCACGCUCCAGACCAUGAAAAUCCAAUUGAGGACACACUGCAUGCCUGCCAGGAACUUUACAAAGAGGGAAAAUUUAAGGAGCUAGGUUUGUCAAACUACGCAGCCUGGGAAGUGGCAGAGAUUUGCAGCAUUUGUAGGCAUAAUGGCUGGGUUCUGCCCACUGUGUACCAGGGGAUGUAUAAUGCAACCACUCGUCAGGUUGAGACUGAAUUGCUACCAUGUCUGCGAUAUUUCAAGAUGAGGUUUUAUGCCUAUAACCCUCUUGCAGGUGGGUUGCUCACUGGUAAAUACAAGUUUGAGGACAAGGAUGAGUUACAGCCUAUGGGACGCUUUUUUGGAAAUGACUGGGCAUCAGUGUACCGUUCCAGGUACUGGAAACCACAUCACUUUCAAGCAUUAGACCUGGUAAAGAAUGCUCUGGAAGCUGCGUAUGGCCCUGACCAGACCAGCAUGACUUGUGCCUCACUGAGAUGGAUGUAUCACCACUCUCAGUUGCGGUCAGAACACGGAGAUGCUGUCAUCCUUGGCAUGUCUACCAUGGAACAGCUGCAGGAGAACCUUAAAGCCACAGAGGAAGGACCCUUAGAGGCAGGAGUGGUGGAGGCAUUUGACAAGGCCUGGGCUCUUGUAGCACACGAUUGUCCAAACUACUUCCGCUGAGUGGUGGUACUGCUGCUAUUGCAAAAAUGUAAUUAGUAGUUUCAAAAAACAUGUAUAUGAAUUUAUCAGCUUUAAUUUGCAUAUUGAUGUUUGUGUAAAGUUUUUUUUUUUUUUUUUUUUUAAAUAAAAUUAUCAGUAAGUAAA